GCGCCCCGAGGCACCGCGCACUUUCUGGACAUUGUUGUGCACGCUCACCGUCAGGGAAAACGGUAGCCACAUAAAACGGUCGUCCAGUCGAUAUAAGCAGCCAGUUGAUCAUGGCAGAAGACUUCUACACUCUGGGAACGCUGGGAAGUAGGCAGAGGGUCCCCCGAGACCCUUUCAGAGAGAGUCCGUCACUGGCCUCUCGGUUUAUGGACGAUGACUUUGGGAUGUCCCCUUUCCCUGAAGACUUGUCAAUGGAAUGGCCGGGUUGGGCUCGGCCUAGCCGGCUCAGCACGCGGCUUUCCGCACCGUUCACGGGCACUCUGCGCACAGGGUUUCCACCAACGCGCACAUCGACGGGGCAGACGCCUGUGUACAGCACGAGAUACUGCGAGUCCCCCCGCAGCUCUCCGACCCAAACGUCGGGAGAGCCGUGGAAAGUUUGUGUGAACGUCCACAGCUUCAAACCAGAGGAACUUAACAUCAAAACCAAAGAUGGGUUUGUAGAAGUAUCAGGGAAACAUGAGGAGAAGCAGGAGGAGGGAGGCAUCGUGACAAAGAACUUCACAAAGAAGAUACAGAUUCCAACUGACGUUGACCCUGUGACGGUCUUCGCCUCCUUGUCGCCAGAGGGGGUGUUGAUCAUCGAGGCGCGGCAGAGCCCUCCCUACUACCUCUUCAGUAACGAAGGUCCCCAGGGAGAGAUGGAUGAGGCCAGCCAGAGCCAGGAGGCCGCCAUGGUCUAGGACGAAGCCCAGGACCGAGCUCUCUUCUCUGGGGAGACACAGGCUCACCCUGGGGCCCCCCUCGGGACAACCAUGGCUUACGGAGUCACAUUUGACCCAAAAAUCAUGUAUGUUUGAUUAUUGGCACUAAUGUAACUCCAUUGCUGAGCAUCCAGCAGAGUAGAGGAAGAGCUAACAUGUUCAAAGCCUUGGAGAUCCUCAGCAAAUGUUGUAGCACCUAUAUCACCCUAUUCCCUAUGUACACUACUUCUGACCCCUAGUCGCUAUAUAGGGAAUAGGGUGCCAAAGAAGCACACUGAUUUUCAUUUUGAGUGUAAAGUAAUCGCUCAAUCAUCCCCCUAAAAAAGAAAUAAUUAAUAACAGGGUGUUUGUGUAUCUCUUGGCAGCCAUGCUGCUUGGUUCUCACACCAAUUUAAUUACAAGUCACAAACUAAAUCAAUCCCACUGUCUCACAGCAUUGCUUCUGUAUACUGGUACGGCAUGCUGUCCCAGGUAUAUUCAGUACUGAACUGACCUGUUCAGAUACAGACAGAGGCUGGCUCAAGUCUGGGAGCCCCUUCUGUCUGGGUCGUCAUGUAAUGUCAUGUCUCCCUUCAGUAUUUCACACGUUAUUUGACAGAUAUGCAUCAUGCAAUGUCUUUUAUGUGUAAUUGAUCCGUUGUCAAUCAUAUUAUGUUGAAUGGGUAAAUUAAAGAAGCUCAUUGAAAUUGAUAAGCAAGUCGUACAAUAUGACUGAGUGGGAAGAUAUGAUAAGUUAUAGUCUCAUUAUCGUUAUAGUGUGUUAUAGUGUUGAUAUUGUAUUAUACCCCAGUAGGUGACUGACUGUAAAUACAUUUCACUGCAGCUUACCUACCGUAUGUGCCGAUCCAAAUCCAUACACAGGUCUAUUCAAGUGCCGUGAUUGCCCUACCUAGAGGUCUUACAAAAGAAUGUUCUUUGCAUUUUUUUUUUGUACAUGUGAUGAUGACGUUGUGUCGGUUCUUGGUGCAAAGAGAAUGACUUCUCCCAUCCCUUCCUCCUCUCCUCCAUCUGCCCUCCCAUCCCUCCUCUCCUCCUCUCCUCCCUCUGCCCUCCCAUCC